CUAAAAAUGAUACUACCUAAAAUAUCACUAUCCCCCUUUUGCAUAAUUACCAUAGCUUCACUCCUUCUCUCAAGCGCUCAAGACACUGACCAAGACUACAUAAAUUCCCAUAACGAAGCACGAGUAGCCCUCGUAGGAGUCGGACUUAAAAAUGUGAGUUGGAACGAGUCGGUAGCAGAUUAUGCACGAGAUUAUGCUAAUCAACGUAUCGACGAUUGCAAUCUCGUCCACUCGGGUGGACCUUACGGCGAAAAUAUUGCAUGGGGAGGUGGCGAGCUUUCCGGGAUUGAGGCGGUUAAAAUGUGGGUCGAUGAGAAGCCGUUUUAUGACUACAAUUCGAAUUCUUGCGUUGAUGGUGAGCAAUGUGGGCAUUAUACUCAAAUAAUUUGGCGUGACUCAGUUUCUAUAGGAUGUGCUAAGGUUAUUUGUAAUAAUGGAACAGGAACUUUUAUUACUUGUAACUAUUAUCCUCCUGGUAAUAUCAUUGGCCAGAAACCCUACUAA